UAUAAUAAACUAAUUUUUGUUUAUUAUUCAGAAAAUGAAACUUCAGUUUCACUGGUUCAGCUCAAGAAAAGUGGGUUCUUUUUUCUUUUAAUUUACAAAGAUGAUGAUAAUAUGAGAUCUUUCUCUCUCUUCUUCAUGUCUAAAAGCAACUUACAACUCUGCAAUGACAAAUGAGAGAUCAACUACCACACACUACAGUAACUUAGUUUGUUGAAAAAUUUUCAGGAGAAACAAAUCACAUUAUUUUUGCUUUACUUGAGAAAGCAGAGAGCUUCUUCAUCAACCUUAUUGAUGAACUGUGUCUCAAAAACACAUUUCAUGAAGAUUUACUUAGGGUCAUAAAGAUGGAGUCUUUCCAAAAACAAACCCAACCCCAUGUUGUUGUUGAUGUUGUACAUAACCAGGAGCACAGGGGUUCAUCUCCUCCUUGUUCUAGUGAAUCUGCUAGUGCUGAGAUUAAAGAAAGAAGAUCCUCUGUGUCAGAGGUGGAUCUAGAAUGUGGUGUGGUGACCGAGAGUAAACAACACUCGGCAAAAGUUAAGAGGGAUUGUAGGAUUUGUCAUCUGAGCUUGGAUGAGUCUAAUCAAGAAUCUGGCCUUCCAAUUGAGUUGGGUUGUUCAUGCAAGGAGGAUUUGGCUGCUGCUCAUAAACACUGUGCAGAAGCUUGGUUCAAGAUUAAAGGAAACAAAACCUGUGAGAUCUGUGGAUCAACUGCCCACAACGUUGCCGGUGCAAGUGAAGCUGACUUAGUGGAGCAAUGGAAUGAGUCAAGUGAUGCCACACCGGCAGCAACUGCACAUGUACACCAAGCUGAGAUGCGAAACUUCUGGCAGGGCCACCGGUUCCUGAAUUUCCUGCUAGCUUGUAUGGUCUUUGCCUUCAUAAUCUCUUGGCUGUUUCAUUUCAACAUACCCUCAUCAUGAAAUCCUGUAACCAAGAGAUAGGAAGCAUCCUCAGUACCAUUGGCUCUACAUUUGUCGAGUUAUUUAUUUUCUGUCUGCUUGAUGUUCAUAUCACUCUCUGGUUUUGAUCAAACUGUUGUGUAACUCAUGAUUCUCUCGUAUUCUUACAUGUCUUGUAGCCCUGGUAUCAUCAUAUAUAUAGUCUUCUCUAUUUUGUUUAA